UUAAACUUCUCUAAUAUUUAGAAAUUCAAAAUAUUCAAAUAUCUUUGAAUAAGGAAUGAAGUGUAUUAAAAUCGAGGGCGAUCAUUUUCUAGGCGAAUUCGGUUCAAAUAUAACUUAACAAUUACGAAGAUACAGCAAUGUAAGAGUAUCGGAGGUUUAAUGGCUUCUAAAGAAAACAUAUACUUUUUACGUUCUUUUCUAUUAUUAAUCGAAGGUGGCUCAUAUAUUUCAAAAGAAAUUUUAGGUCGAGAAUGUCAAAAGUCUGAAAAUGGCCUGGAUGAAUUACUCAAAAUUAAAGAACCGAAUCUGAAACAUUUGUUUCACGACAAGCAAUACCAAAAAUUGUUUCCAGAUUUUGGUACAGCUGACGUCAACUGUUGGGACUUGCAACUGGUAGUUGGUGUUUUGAUAACUGUGUUUGGGAGAAGCCUCAAAUCGGUAGAAAAGGACAAGCUAAGAGCGUUAAAAUAUAUGAGAAACGACACUUUUAUGCACAGCACUUCUGCAGCUCUACAUAUAAGCAAAUAUGAAGAAGUAGUGGAAGAAUUAAUUGACAACAUUACAACAUUAGCGUCAACGUUUGAUAUUUCAGUACAACAGCAUUGUUCAAACUACAUCAAACAGUUUACUACCGGGCCAUUAGAAGCCGUAAGACCAUCUUUACCGACAUUGAAUGGAUUUAGCCAGUUAUGUCAAAAGAAGUUUAAAGUUGGUGUGGAAACAGAAUUGGUUAUCGGUGGUCCUUCUGCAAACUGGAUAAGUCUUUGUGAACACACUCUUGAGAAAAUAUUCAAUCAUGCUGGAAGCAUGGCAAGUGAAGAUGGUGGAUUUCAAGAAAUUGAAGAAAAUGUUAAGAGAAUGCUUAGCUAUAUUGAGAGCAAUAUAGAUGUUAUAUUCAAAGGAUGUAACAUGAAAUGCAUCAUUCUGUAUUUUGAGUGCAAGGACUAUGAAAGCUUCUUACAUUUUCUGAAGAAAGUAGAAUGUCAGGAAUACACAAGUUAUUUAAAUGACUUAUCAAAUUCCCUUCAUAGCUUCUUUAAGCCAAGAUAUCCGAUAGCUAUCACAUCCCAAGUUACAUCAGAAAGUUUGCAAUCGAUAUUGAUUGACAUUAUAAAAACUCUCUCAAAUGAAAAGGAAGAACAACGACAUGUUUUUGAAAUAUCAUCUGAAGAAAAUAUCCACGAAAACAAGGCAAUGGCAAUGACGUCACGUGAUGUUCACAAAGAAACGAAAUCUCUGUUGCUGAAUUUUGAAUUACAAUCUGAUGAUGCCUUACCUCAAAUGCUACAAACAUUCAAGGGAACUCAAUUCUCGGACAGCUUGACGAAGGUUGCUGGCUCACUUUCACGUUAUUGUGGCAGGGAAAUUACUCUCAAAGCAUCUAUGAAUGUCGGUGCUAUGCUGGAGGCCUUAGAAGAAUCAGUGAACGAUGACGUGACGUCGGAAAGAAUUACAUCAAAAGAGGCUGAUUUACAGUCAUUGCCAG